CUGGCAGCGAAGCGCUGAGUCACGGUGAGGCAGCCGCGGGGCGCCCUCCGAGCCCCGCCUCUCCACGCCCCCCGCCGCCGCCGCCGCACGGGCUGCUGUAGCCGUCCUUCACCCGGCUGGAGUACCUGGCGCCCGCGGGGCCGGGCGGCGCGGACCCCGCCCUCUCUGGCCCGCUUUAGACCCCCAGGGGAGUCUCCUAGGGAGAUGGCCAGAGAUGCUUAAGUAGUCCUCUGCAGUUUGGUGCAAGUCGAUGACGACUUUUCUUUCUGCAGAGCACUAAGAUCUGCUCAGUCUCGGAACACUCGCUUUUUAACCUUGGACACCAUGUCCUCCAAGAAGGUUACCCUCUCAGUGCUCAGCCGGGAGCAGUCGGAAGGAGUUGGAGCGCGAGUCCGCAGAAGCAUCGGGAGACCCGAGUUAAAAAAUCUGGAUCCAUUUUUACUAUUUGAUGAAUUUAAAGGCGGUAGACCAGGUGGAUUUCCUGAUCACCCACACCGAGGUUUUGAAACAGUAUCUUACCUCCUGGAAGGGGGCAACAUGGCCCACGAAGACUUCUGCGGACACGCUGGUCAGUUGAAUCCAGGAGACCUGCAGUGGAUGACCGCGGGCCAGGGCAUCGUGCACGCUGAGAUGCCUUGCUCAGAGGAGCCAGUCCACGGCCUACAACUGUGGGUCAAUUUGAGGAGCUCACAGAAGAUGGUGAAGCCUCGGUACCAGGAACUGAAAAGUGACGAAAUCCCUAAACCCAGUCAAGAUGGCGUGACCGUUGCUGUUAUUUCUGGAGAAGCCCUGGGAAUCAAGUCCAAGAUUUACACUUACACACCAACCUUAUAUUUGGACUUUAAAUUGGACCAAGGAGCGAAGCAUGUGCAAUCUAUUCCUAAAGGGUGGACAAGCUUCAUUUAUACCAUAUCUGGAAAUGUGUAUAUUGGACCUGAUGAUGCACAGCAAAAAAUAGAACCUCAUCACACAGUCGUGCUGGGAGAAGGUGACAGUGUUCAUGUGGAGAACAAGGAUCCUGAGAGAAGCCACUUUGUCCUAAUUGCUGGGGAGCCAUUAAAAGAACCAGUUGUCCAGCAUGGUCCGUUUGUGAUGAACACAGAUGAAGAGAUUUCUCAGGCCAUUCUUGAUUUCAGAAAUGCGAGAAAUGGCUUUGAAAGAGCCAAAACCUGGAAAUCAAAGAUUGGAAACUAGUGACAAGCAUAAGGGCAGCUCUGACUGCCUUCUAGAAUGUUGCCCUUUGUAACAUCCACCCAUUCAGUGUGUGCAGUUUCCAAGGCUGACAUUGCCAGUGUUUGUAAAGAAUUCCACACUCAAGUGAUAACAUGUUUUUUUUUGUUUAUUUGUUUAAAUAUAGCACUGUGUGUAAAAUAUUUCCUGGCCCAAGCAAAUAAACCUAAUUGUUGCUUCUCUAAAAA